GUGUGGUACAAUCUCUCAAACCUCGAGAGAAGCUAGUGUCUUCAGUGCAGGUGCUGUGGGCGUGAACCUGCUCAGGGGUGAUGAGGGGUUCCUUAUUCCUGUCCCACCCUGCUGUGGACUACAGACUUCGCCCUUCUUUGGGCCACAUGCUACUGUGGACAGCUCUGCUCUUCCUGGCUCCUGCCGUGGGGACACGCGAUCUCCCCAAGGCUGUGGUGAGCCUUGAGCCCCCUUGGAUCAAUGUGAUUCGGGAGGAUGCUGUGACUCUCAAGUGCCAUGGGGCCAGCACCCCUGGGGACCACUCCAUCCAGUGGUUCCACAAUGGGAGCUCCAUACCCACCCAGGUGCAGCGGCGCUACAGCUUCAAUGCCAGAAACACUGACAGUGGAGACUACAGGUGUCAGACGGGUCAGACCAGCCUCAGCGACCCUGUGCAUCUGGGCGUCUUUUCCGACUGGCUGCUGCUCCAGACCUCCAGCCGAGUGUUCCAAGAGGGGAACCCCAUCAUGUUGAGGUGCCACAGUUGGAAAAACAAGCCUCUGAUCAAGAUUACAUACUUCCAUAACAAAAAAGCCUUGAAGUUUUUCCAACAGAACUUGAACUUCUCUAUUCCACAUGCCAACCUGAGUCACAGUGGCGAAUAUUACUGCACGGGCUUCAUAGGGAGGACUUCGUACACAUCAGAGUCUGUGGCCAUCGUUAUUCAAAAGUCAAAGUCCAGCAGUGCUUCAGUGAUGCAGAUCAUCGUGGCCCUGCUCUCUGGGGUUGCUUUUGUGGCCAUUGUUGCUGCUGGGGUUGCCUGGUUCCGCCUUAGGCGAAAGGGGACUUCAGCCAAUCUCACUGAUUCUGAAGAGGCUGCCAAAGUUGAAGCUGAGAAAAUAGUCACCUAUUCACUUCUCUCACAUCAUGAUGGCACAGAGGAAGAAGCAGAGCCCCCUGCUUUCCAGAAGCACCUUUAAUCUCUGUUAUCUUGGGGAUGUGGGAAAAGAAACGAGAAGCUGGGAUUUGGUGUCUUCAAGCCUCAACUCUCUUAGGGGUGCACCAGAGGGUGCUACAGUUCUGAAGGAGAAGAAUCUUCAGUGUGUUCUUCGUGAGUCCUAAAGCUCCCCAUCCCAAAGCUACAGACAAUUUGGCCCAGACGAUGAGUGAAUUGAUUCCUCCUGUGCCUCUGUUCUUCCAGCCAGCAAGAAUCUUCUACCUUCCAUCCACUCAAUGACAGAAAUUAUAGAAACAUGAGAAAUGCUAAUAUCUACAAGCAGAUAUGAUUUCAGAAAUGUUGAUCUAUACUAACAUAUGCCAGAACAUUAAAAGUGGUGUUUCAGGGGGAUGGAAUUACUCGUGAUUUUUAUUUUCUUUCUCUGUUUUUCUAUACAGCUAAUGUAUUACUUUUUUAAUAAAGUACUGUUAAGCCAGCAUUUUGUCUACCUUUUAAAAGGCUGUCAUGGUUGGAGUGUAGGCUGAUCCAACAUCUAUUUUUUUUCAAUGAUAAGAAUCUUGGGGAGAUAGUAAGGGGUACUAUGUGC